CACUUUUUUAGAGGCAAAUGUCAAAUAUGUUUUGAUAUUUUUUGUGGAUUUAUAAUUAAAUUUUUUUGUGACAAAUCAGAAAUAGUUCGACUUUUAGAAUACUAUUUGCUGGAAAAUGAGUUCGGGAUUCGUAACAGAAACUGAGGCUGCUGAAGCACGUAAGCGUCGGCAGGAAGAAUGGGAGCGAGUGCGCACACCGGAUCAACCGUUGGAACGUCCUGAGGAACCAUAUGAUGGUCGGUCACUUUUUGAAAGAUUAAAGGAACAGAAAAUGAAAAAGGACAUGGAAUAUGAAGAAGCACACAAACUUAAAAACUUAAUCCGUGGUCUUGAUGAUGAUGAAGUUCAGUUUCUCGAGUUAGUCGACCAAAACAAAAUCGAUGCAGAAAAAAGACAAAUACAAGAAGAGCGUAAAGAAUUGCAAGAUUUCCGUGACCGCGUAGCAACUUUGCAGGAAGAAACUGCUGACAAGAAACUUCAAUCCGAAAUGAAAGCAGGCAAGUCAAAGGUUACAUUAAGCGCAAGCACAGCAAGGCCUUCACAAAAAUCGUUACUAGGAGUUGGUAUUAAGCGUAAAAAUGGUGAAGUCGCCAGUUCUUCCGGCGCGAUCGCUGUAAAAGUUUCCAAAGACUCUCCUACAACAAAUGUUUCUAAAAAUAUGGAACUGCCAAGCAUUUAUACAAAUCAAUUUGACAAAGGUCAACUGAAAUGUAUUGCAAUACUUCCUGGUAUUGGGCCAUAUACCGAAUCUAGUGAUUCUGAAAUGAGCAGUGGUAGUGAAGAUGAACCAGAUAACGAUAGUCAUGGCAAGUAUGAUUUGAUGGGACGAAAGAAACAAAAAAAGAAGAGUUGUCACGAUGAUGAUUAAAUUUUGAAUUUUUUUUUAGCACUAAGUAGUAAUGAAUCAUGAUUCAGUUCUUUAUUGGCUUCAAUAUAGAAAACGCAUUAUUAUAUAUGAAGAUUACAAGUAAAAAUAAAUUAAAAUAUUUUUUUUUCUAC